CACGUGACCAGUUGAGAUGACGUCAGUGUCGAAGCAGCAAAGUUUAAUGGCCGAGAGUUUUACGAGUAGUUGUUGCUUUUCCAUUUGGUUGUAAUCGGUUUCAGGUCCGGACCGGAUUAGUCCUACGGGCACCCGGAUGACAGGCUCGCUACAAGACGGCAAGUUGAGGAAAGCAGCAGCGCUGAGCUUCAGGGAAAUCAGGACCGAGGCAGAAAUCUUCACGGAGUCUGGGACGACUGUGAACAGCGACGUGCGCCCCCCGGUGGUGAGAACACAACAACAGAAGAGAGAGGAACCGGACAGGAGUGGAGGUGUGGAUGAGAUCAGAUGGAGCCAGAUAAGCUAAUGAAGAGCUUUGACAGUGAUGAGGAGAUUUUAGAUUCUCUGUUUAAGGGGAAGCCAGUGGAGUUGUUGCAGAGCGCGGGUGUUGUGAUGGGUGGUUUGUGAUAACAACACGUGCUGGUUCUGGAGGGAUGUGCUGGGGAGCCCAAAGAGGUGGAGUCAGUCCAGGAAGUGACAAGACAUCACGCAGGUUUGUGCCACUCGGACAAAGAGAACUGAGUGGAGUUCUGUUUGUCAGGACCUUAGUUGGAUCUGCUGUGGACCAGGACGAGAACAGCUGCUUUAGUGAAGAUCUGGACAUCUGCAAUGGGGGACGCCUUUGGUUUGGUCUACUGUCUGGCUAAGGAGGAGGACUAUGAGCAGGUCAUGAAGAUCUGCACUUCAAAGGACUACAACGGACUGGACUACCUGCCUGCCUUCUUUCACCGCUGGCUGAAGGAACCUGGACGGAUCGUCCUCUUGGCUUGGAUGAAAGACAGAGUGGUGGCGCUGGAAUCUGCCUUGCUCGUGGAUGGGGGUCAGACGGUUGUGUUUCAGGGUCGCAGGGUGGUUUCUGACCUCAGAGGCAGUGGCAUCGCUGGCGUCCUCCACAGUCAUGUGACCUCCUACGUCCGCAGUCAGUACCCAGAAGUCUGUGCUGUCAGAAUGAGCCGAGGAGACCAUCCUUCAGAACGAAUCCUGUCUAAGUACAGACUUGUUGCUAAAGAGGCCAUAGUGUCUGUAUGCUGUGAGGCAGCCGACCUCAGCGCCUUCAUCACUGAGCUACGAUCUAAAACACACUCUUCCUGCCGUGGGGCGGUUACUCUGAGCCAGCACCAGGCGGAGACUCUGAUCCUCAGUGACCAUGUGAUUUCCAACCUGCUGCCUGGGAAAACCAUCAUCAAUGACUGGGAGCCUCUGAAGCCCGUGGAAGCCAACCUGGAGGUGCUGCGCCGCAGAGAGCUGACCUUCAUAGCAGAUCACGAGUCAGAACCAUCUGCCCUCAGCCUGGGCACGCCCCCGUACGCUGUCCCUUAUCGCCAUGACGCUCUUCGCGUCAACAUCAACAUCUUUGGUCACAAUCUGGUGUCUGUGUGUGCUGUGUUUCUGGCUCAGCUUGAAGCUCUGCAGCCUAAGGUCACAGGUUUCCUGAUUUUACAGACCUACCUGAAUCCUGCAGUCUGGGAAGGUUUUCGUCAGUUCUGCCAGAAUAAUUCAAGGGUGUCGUUUUUAAGGGACUACUGGGAGGAUGUGAUCCUGGAGUCGGACCUCUGAAGCCCUCAGAGCUGUUGGCAAGAUGGAGGUCCAGUGGAUCCCAGAGUUGUCUCUGUCCACCCACCGGUGGCUCAUUGAAAAAUGUUUUAAUGAAAGUAAAAUCCACUUUGGGAAACAGGAAGGUCAUGAACCAUCAGGUCCAAAACCCUCCGAACUACCCAGGAACCUUCUGAUAUGUCCUUUAUAGAAGCAGACACGGGAUUAACAAUUGGAAUCUGGAUUUAAAAUCUAGCUUUAAAUGAUCACAAAACAAUGCAACAAAAAGAGUUUAGCUUCAUGUUUUUAUGAAACAGUCUUGAUUGUUCCAGGAACAUCGGAGCAGCUCUGAUGUUUGAUUUAUAAUCACCUGCACUGAUUUUAUGGUGGUGAAAGUAAUUAAUACUCAAGUUGGAAUCAUCAUUAAACAGCUCAACUCUG